AGGACAAGCACCAGUAUGAUGAUGAUGAUGAUGAUUAAUCUUAAUUUCUCGUUCUGUUUCUACGUUUUAGCUCCUCUAGACAGACAUCUUCUAGGUUGUAUCGAAACCAGACCUGUUUGUUGUCCUGAGAGGCAAAAAACAUAAAAUGCCGUCCGCCGCGAGUUCGUCUCGUCCUCCUGUGAAGGAGAAGCCCCGGCUCGGGUCCCUCACGUUUGAGAUGGAAAUCGUCGACCCCAUCCCCAUUUUGGAGAAGCUCCAGCACAUCCGCAAGGACUCGGACGACGCCUUCGUGACGCUCGUGGACACCUGUGCCCGUUGUUUUGAGAAGAUGAGAAAUUUGCAAGUCGAGCUACAAUCGAAGCUGAUCCUCACCAACGUGCCGCCGGAGGUCUGGCGCGAGCAGUGGGACGAGACGCAAUUGGAAAUGCUGAACUUACACGGGUUGCUGUUCCACAAGGAAAACAGCUACCAAGCGUCGCUGAACACGCUAAACAUCCAACGGAGGAACUGCCUCGCCAAGCACGACGCCCACUGGGACUUCAUCAUCAAGGAAUUCUCCCGCUGGGCCACCUGCUUGAUCAAGCUCUCCCACCGCUACUACAUCGUCGAGGACGAAAUCAACUCGCGAGGCAAAGAACUUUUGGAGCAGUAUACGAAAAUCCGGGCGCAGUUGGAGUACGCCACUACAACGCUCGACAACGCGCGCAAAGGGGUGGAUUUGAUCACGCAGGCGAAGUGGACCAACGACGAGGCGUUGCUGCAAAAAUACGAGAACGGGUCGAUUUUGAUCCAGAAAAUCGUUCGGGGGCACCAGACAAGGAAGUUCAUGACGACUUUGAGGCAUUCUAUCGUCUUCAUGCGGUACUACGUGAAGAGGUUCCUCGUCAAAUUUCGCCGCGAGUUGAUGCUGCGAAAGAAAUGCGUACCCUACCUGAUAAAAGUACAAGCCCAUUGUAGACGGCACUUGGCGAAAAAAAUCGUUGCUGCCCGGAUGAACGAAGUGUGCGGGCCGAUCGCGGAGAGGUUGAAUCCGUUGCUGAAACGGUACUACUACGACACAUGCUGGAUGGAAAACACAGUUUUGGCCGGAUGGGAAGAGUCGACUUUGGUACUCGACUGUGUAGUUGCGCUUGCUUCUAUCGCACGUAUGAAACUUUUGAAGUUCUUGCUGUUCUGCAUGACAACUGCAUUCGACCACACUUGUUCUUGAAGACCAAAACCUCCCUAGAAAAAACUACCCUUAUCGCAGACCAUGCAGCGUCUCUUCCGUGGCUUCCGCGGUCGCAAGCGGGCUCGGCGCGCCCAGGAGAAGAAGCGGAAAGAAGAGGCGGAGCGAGCGAGGUUGAAAGCGAUGGCGCAGGCGGACCGGGAUGCGGAGGAGACGAAGCGGAAAAUGCGGGAAGAGGAGAAAGCACGGAAGAAGGCGUAUUACAAUGAAAAAUGCCCCCACCCCAGAACUUGGGAUCAUUUGUAUUGCAAACCUUUCCAAGCGAAACACACGCCCUCUUGCAUCUAUCAGCAUCACAGAUUGUCAGUCGUGAAUAGCAAAAAUUUGCAUUGCAAAAGACCCCAGCAAGAGCGGCGCUUGUCAUGCGAGCGAUGCUAUAUACGCCUACACUCUGCAUCAGAAAGAUUCACACUCCUUUUAUACAUGGAAAAAAGUUUUCAUUUGGAAACUUCACAUCACAAAUUAUUCUUUUUGCAUUUUUGGGGGUCGUGGGGGCAUUUUUCACUGUAAUAAGGCGGAGGCGGAGUUUGCCGCCGCGCAGGCGAAGCGGGCGGAGAUGCGGGCCCAGGCCGAGAAGGAGGAACGGGAGAGGCUAGCGCUGGAAGAGCACCUGAAGCAGGAACGACGGAAGCAGGAGGCGAUCGAGCGGCGGAAGGCGGAGCAGGAAGAAAAACUGCGGAAGAAGGACGAGAUCGAGAAAAAGCGCGAGGUGAUGAGGAGGAAUCUGGAGAAACAGCGGAAAAUCCAAGCGGAGCGGGAGAACAACCGGAAAGACAUCGCGCGAGAAGCGCUGGCGGAACAGAGACGGGAGUACCGGGAAAAGCUCGCGGCGGACCGGGAGCAGCGGAAGCAGGAGGAGGUGGACCGGGAAAAUGCGAGGUUGGAAUCCGAGGCGUUGAAGCGCGCGAAACUGCAGUGGUUGAACCGGCCGUGGCGGGGGGAUGAGGAGGAAAUCGCGGAAUUCCGGGAGUGGUUCUUCUCGAAGUGGGGCGCGCUCGGUCCGGGAGGGCUGGCCGAAGCGCCGCUGCAGUUGUUGCAGUACCGCUCGACGAAGGCGUUUCAAUUUCUAGACCGAGAAGUCGCCGAGGUUUUGCCUGCGCCGGGGUUUUUGGUGAAGAAGUUCACGGAGCUGCUCUGCAUGAAGUUGAAGUACUGCCUGGAAAUCCGUGCGGUGCAGCUAUUCCAAGUUUUGGACCGCGGUUCGGGCGGCACGGGGUUGAUCCCCGUGGACGUGAUUCUUGGCGAAGCGAGACCCAGUCCGCGGGAACCGGCGGGCCUGGCGGAGCUGCAGAAGUUCAAACGAACCUCCGCUCUGAACGCGGCCAUCAUCGAACUGUCGAAGCAAACGCCCCUGGUUUUGGAGCCGGGGGACGCGCCACCCGCGGAAAAUCCCCCCGCGGUUUGCUUCCGACCGGGCAUCGAGCAGCCAGACGUGUUUUUCACGACCGCGUUUUGGGUCAUUUCGAAUUUCGCGCGCUUCAUUUCGGAAAAGAAGGAGGACUUCAUGACCGACAAAUCUUCUUCAGGAGGAGGAGUCGCCGCCUUGAGGUCCGGAAAGAGGUUAUCGCCAUUUUUGGAAGAUCCUAAAGCGUCCGCCGUUGCGGGGAAUUUGAUGAGAAGAGACCGCCGGGAGAUGAAGCAACGACGAGGUGGACGAGGACAAGCGUCUGCGAGGAACAGAAGCGCGGACCCGGACAUCAACAAGGAUGACUCGUCGCCGGUACAAGCGGCAGAGGGUGCGGCUGCCGCGGUGCCAGUGAGUCCAGAAGUAGCUCCUGGGGUGUCGUCAAAGAACAACGAAGAUCGAGGUCCCUUCGCCAGCGACUCCUCCCCCGGAUCUCCAUCCUCUCCGGAGCAGGGACAUUCAAAAUCCCCGUUACAAACACAGCGGACAGCGAGGGCAGCUGCGUCGCCCAGACAUGGAGCGACAAACUUCGUUCCCGAAGACCUUUCUUCUCUUUCCGAAUAUAGCGAGGAGGAUGAGGAAAAUGAAGCGCAACAGCCCUCUUCUUCCACCAAGCAGAAAGAGAUCACCCUGCGGUGCAAGGCUUUCACAGUGGACGACAUCCUGGUCGAAAUUGAAAUGCGGGUCUCGAACCCGCGGAAGACGAACAAGCGGCACCUGUCCAUGUUCCUGCGCGCGGCGAAGUCGGUCCACGUGCGGGUGGUUUUCUACGUGGAAAACACGAUUGGUCUCCCGAAGGACUUGAAGUUCGAACGAUCCAGUGACAUUCUCGGGGAACGGAAGUUUCUGGAUGACUAUUGCGACGAGUAUUCCGUGAAACUGAGCAACGACGAACUGGACGCGUUGGCCGGGGAGCCGUUUGGAGAAGGUGCUGGAGGGGAACAAAAUAAAGGAGCAGGCAAUCUCCUUCCCGGCGCCGUUGAAGCUGCUGCUGCACCAGCGGGACCAGGACCAACAGCAGCAGCAGCAGGACCUACCACAGCGAAAUCUGAUCUCGCAGUUGGUUUUGUCUUACUCCAAGAUCUGAAAGCGAGACCGGACCCAGUGUUGGUUUUCGACCAUCCGCAAGAUCGGUCGAAACAGGUUGUGAAGUGGCUUCCACAGUUGCGUUUAGAAUUCCUCUUGCAGUACUACCCGCGGGGCGUCGGGAUCAAAUCGCCGCCCUUCAAAAUCGGUCGGGACGGCCCCUUCAUGCUGGAAUUCUGGCCGCGCGGCUCGACGAACGCCACGAAAACCGGGAAUUGCAGCAUCUGUCUUCACGCCCCGAGGUUAAAGAACGCAGUUUGCAACGUGCAGUUUUGGGCGUGUGAAUUGGACUGUUUCGUGGAGGACAACACAUUGUCGAAGGAGAAACUUCCCGGCGAUGACUUACUGGCAGAAACCGCGGAACAGAAGGCGAAACUGACGCAACGGGACAUGGCGCUUGACAGCUCCGGCGGUGGAAAUGCGAACAACAAAUCAGCGAGGAAGCGAAUUCUGUCGAAAGACAAGGAAUACCGCUUGGAAUACACAGCAGCUGCUCCUUCUAUCGGGUUAGGAGCCGGCAGCAGUUCAUCCUCUGCCUACCGCCCCUCCGACCGGGUCGCGACGGUGUCUGGUGCGACGUCGAGAGCGGAAAAUAAGUGUAUGCUGGACGAAUUUUGCGCGACGACGGAUGUCGCCUUGGAGGAGGACCAGCACGGCGGGAGGUCGGUGGUUCUGGGCUGCGUCUUCAAGCGGCUGGUGGUGGAAGCGCAGAAGGACAAGCUGAAAUCCUUGGCGGCAGGCCUGGACGUGGGGUCGAUUGCUUUCAACUUUUAGAUAGAAAUAAAUCAUCCAUCCGUAUCCACCGCUACGUUGGCGACUAGAAACGUUUCUUUCUCGUCAUAGGACGAGGAGUUUUAAGUUUUGCUCAUUAGCUCGAAUGAUUCAUCUCAACAUGAUUUUGGCUACGAGUGCUUUGGCUUUUAUACGUAGGCGAGAGACUUCUUUACAUUCAUCUGAUUUUGCAAGCGCUGCGUUCUGCAGCUGCGCCAGCUUUCGAUGAGAACCUCGCUUGAAGAUUCGCUUUUCGAUUUUAGCCUCCCGCUGCAGCCAAUGCUGCUUCAUUCGCUUGAUGUUUUGCGUCGUCGACGAGAGAUUCUGUAUCAUCGGAGUUGUGCUUGUUCAUGGCUACCGGCAAGCCAGGAUAAGGAAUCGUCUAACUCCUGCGAGCAGUGGUAGACCAUCGCCUCGGGUAACAGAGCAAUCGUAUUUCGUGGUACGACGGACCUUCGAAGAAAUCAUCGAAAUCUUUGGCGCUUCGUAGUAUCGGCUGCGAGCUGCAGCAGUGUGCCACGCUCGCUUGCAAGAAAGAGAGUAGAAGCACCCAUCUC